AUGAUUACUCUUGUGUCAUCUAUUUACCGGAUGCGUGCGCAUAUUCCUCGAUUUUGUGGAUAGUAAGCCGUGGUGUGGACAUUGGUGUUAAAGCCAUGAGAUUGUUCAUUUGAAUUUAAAUUGUAUAUACAAGCUGGUUUUUUAUUCGUUUGCGAUUAUUAGUGUUGCGCUCUUCAAUUUUUUUCGUGUGUGUGUUUAAUUGUACGUUUAGUUCACCUUUAACAACGAACAGUUGUAGCUGAAUCAAUCGCUAUUUAUUGUAUUUUUGACCAGUGCAAUGCGAUGUGCUGGACGAGAGACAGUUAAAGUAAAAUAAAAAGAAGCAGACCCUUUUCUUGGACGGGCAGUUAAUGCUGUCCUUACACACGUAUAGUAAGAAAGCACCGCGCCGCCUUGCCGCCUUCUAAAUUAGCGACGUCUCUCCACGGCCGUUUGUAAACCUUCAUUACACACAACUAACACGUACAUCUGUAAAAACUAUUCUCAGGGCGGCGCGGCGCACGACUGGCCUGCGGUGUUAGAACACAUCCUGGAGCCGCAAAAGGGAUAUUUGGUGCGGGGGGCGAGGCGGAACUAUGGACGACGGAGGCAGCAACAAGCAGCGUCAGGCCACCAGGGUCUUCAAAAAGAGCUCACCAAAUGGAAAGAUCACAGUGUAUUUAGGGAAGAGAGACUUCGUCGAUCACAUCACACACGUAGAUCCUAUUGAUGGCGUGGUGCUGAUAGAUCCGGAGUACGUGAAGGAUCGGAAGGUGUUCGGCCAUGUCUUGGCGGCCUUCCGCUACGGCAGAGAGGACCUGGACGUGCUGGGGCUCACCUUCAGGAAGGACCUGUACCUCGCCGCGGAACAGAUAUAUCCGCCCACGAGCAGCCCGAAGCGUCCCCUGACCCGUCUUCAGGAGCGUCUGGUCCGCAAGCUGGGUCCCGCGGCACAUCCAUUCUACUUCGAGCUGCCGCCUCACUGUCCCGCCUCGGUCACGCUCCAGCCGGCGCCCGGUGACACCGGCAAGCCAUGCGGCGUGGACUACGAGCUGAAGGCCUUCGUGGCGGACUCCCAGGACGACAAGCCUCACAAAAGAAAUUCAGUCCGCCUCGCCAUCCGCAAGAUAAUGUACGCGCCGAGCAAGCAGGGCGAGCAGCCGUCUGUGGAGGUGUCCAAGGAGUUCAUGAUGAGCCCCAACAAACUGUACCUGGAAGCGUCGCUGGAUAAGGAGCUGUAUCAUCACGGUGAGAACAUAGCGGUGAACGUCCACAUAGCGAACAACUCCAACCGCUCAGUGAAGAGGAUCAAGGUCUCCGUCAGACAGUUCGCUGACAUCUGUCUCUUCUCCACCGCUCAGUACAAAUGCACCGUCGCUGAGGCGGAGAGCGAAGAAGGCUGUCCCGUGGGUCCAGGCUUCACCCUCAGCAAGGUGUUCACGCUGACUCCACUGCUCGCUAACAAUAAGGACAAAUGGGGCCUCGCUUUGGACGGACAACUCAAGCAUGAGGACACCAACCUGGCGUCCAGCACACUAAUCGCGGAUCCUUCGCAGCGUGAAAAUUUAGGCAUCAUAGUACAGUACAAAGUAAAGGUCAAACUGUGCUUGGGUCCACUCGGCGGCGAGCUGAGUGCGGAGCUGCCGUUCAUCCUGAUGCAUCCCAAGCCGGAGGAGGAGCCUCGCGCCGCGCCCGACCCGCCGCGCGCCGACCCUGACCUCAUACAACUAGACCCCAACCCUGACGAACACGCAGCUCACAGAGACGAGAACGGCCAGGAGCAAGACGACGAUAUAAUAUUCGAAGACUUCGCUCGACUGCGGCUGAAGGGAGCGGACGCGGACGCCUGAACACACGGGGGCGGAGCCCGGGCUCCCACACACACACACACAGACACAGACCGUGCACGAACAUUGUUACGCGCGGUCAUCAAACAAUGUAAUUCGGUGUAUAUUAUAUGUGCGGGAUUAUUAUAACUAGAUGUAACGAUCACAUACACGAGUACAAGUCUAGAUAUUAUUUCUUACGUUGAUUACGUCGCGUGAAGCGCCGGCGGGUCUAGGAGCCGGUUAUAGUACAAUGUGUUUGUUAAAUGUGCAUUUAUAGAUUAGUGUUUUGUACCUUAAUGUUGUUUACGGUAGCGGCGCGCCGGGCCCGGCCGGGGCCGCUCCGGCGCCUCGACUCUAAUGAUGUUUAGAAUUUUUAUAAAUCAUGAAUACGUUUUUUAUAUGGACGGAUGGAAGGUUUUUGAAGUUGUCCUCCAACGUUCCGGACGGCUGGAAACUUAAAGCCGCGAGGUGUGGCGCCUCGGUUUGUUAUAAUUUCAACGUAAAUUAUAAUUUUAAAUUUCCAGCCGUCGACUGUUGUGAAUAACAAUGGCUGCUCUUCGAUACGAAUGCAUGAACGGCGUGACUGUGACUUGUAUAAUAUGGAGAUCGUCAUGUUUCAAAUAUUUAUGUAUUUUGUCGUUUUGCAUACACACAUACAUACAUUGUACCGGAUGUGUGGAAUUUUACACAUCGCUGUCGUUUGAAGCUGACAUUUCCGGCAACGGUCCACGAGAUCCGUCGCGAGAUGUAAAUGUUUAAAUGUAAAUGAAAAGAAACAGAUAAAAUAUAAGUACAUCGCCUGGAGCGGGACCAGAGCUCCGGCAUGUGCAUCACCCAGCUGUACAGUAAGGAGUAAGUCAUGUGGCGUGUUUACUUGUAGGUUAAGCUUUGUAAUGCACAAAAUAUUUUACUAUUAAUGUUAAAUCUGCGUAAGGAACAAGUAUUUUAUAAAUUAUCUACUAAAUUAUUUAUUUAAUGCAUUUCAUUCACGUAUCCGCCGCCUAUGGAGCAACAUUACCUUUAUUUUUAUAUGUAGUUAGUUACAGACGGACAGAUAGCGACCGACACGCAUAUUUUAUAUUGUAACAUUCCGUUCGUUUGGUUAUUCACAAACACUCAGCUGACGGGUCAUGUCCUUUAUAUAAUUUCUUGUAUUAUGUAACAUAUAACGUUUAGUUCAGUACUGUAUGUUGAAUCGGAUCAGAGGACCUGCGUAGGAGCAUCUGUAUUUGAAUGCUACGGGUCUACCGGAUGAAAUGAUUUCCUUUCACUAAAAACGUUGUGGAUUGUGUAACACGACAGUCGUUAUAAGCUACGCGUUACCAAAAUGAACUUUGCGAAAGCGAGACGCUACACACACUUUUUUAAUUUUACAUCGAAUACUUUUGAUGUAUACUUUUUCAAUAAAUAUGUAACCAAUA